AUGGCAUCAAUUUCAAUACAAGAUUUCCCUCGGCAAACAUUUGGAACAAUAUGUUUGCAGUGGGGAAUUCCGUUUCUUGUAGUUGUCAUAGUUUGGGCCAUUAUUCUGCAAAAAUUCUUCAAAUGGAGACCUAUUUUACUCCGAAAGUACGCCAUAGCUAAUUUUCUCGAAACAGAAGUUACCGACUUCAAAGUAAGCAUAGUAGAAUACAUAUGGUGGUUCGUUUAUGCGCUACCUUUUUUAUUAUGCAUUGGCUGGGGAAUUAACACUUUUUUAUCAAUUGAUUAUCCAGUACUUGGAAUUGACUUAAUCAUUGCACCUCCUGCUUUACUAAUUCUUCUAUUAGGUUUCCUAAAUUUCGAAAAUAACGGUUUUAAGAUUUCAAAAUCGGUCAAAAUUACAAUUGGUUGCGCUGGUAUACUACUAAUUGCAUUAACAUUCGUUGACGCAUUCAUGAUUAGCGAAAAAUCAUGGAUGGCAGGUGGAUAUUUGAUAAUUUGGCCAAUUUUAGUCUUCUACGGCUUCUAUCAAUGCUAUACUCGCGAAAAGUUCAAGUUAAAUGAAAUGAUGGAGAUGACAAAAUCAGAAGAUUCGAUUAAAACUUUUAUAAAUGAUAUUUCACAGAAAAACUACGAAAAUUGGAUAGAAGGAGGCAAGUAUUCUACAGGACUAAUGAAAUAUCUUGGCAUGGGAAUAUCAUUGGCCGUGUCUGCCGCUUGUUCUUUGUUAUUUUAUUUUUAUUGGGAUAAAACAGCAACACAAAAGUCAGCAACAAUAGCGACAUCUGUUGGUUCAUUCAUUGUAGAUGCUUCUAUUAUACUAACAAUCACAUUUUCUAUAUCAAAUCUCAAUAAUAUUAUUUUAUUAUUAAUUGGAUUCGCUAUCAAAGCGGUCGCAAUCUCAUUUUCUUCUAGAUUUUGGAUGGCUGGUCAUGGACUGAUCUUCUUUUUCGUUGGAACAUUCUAUUUAACUCGAAUUUUAAUUUGGAUAUUUAAUAAAUUUACAAAAAUUGAUAAUGAAUUCGAAGGAAUGGAAAAUAUUGAUGAAGAUGUAAGGAACACAAUUGAUAAUAUGAACACAGAUGUCAAUCACGUGUCAACAACAGAAUUAAUAAUUUCAUCUUUAAUUUUUAUUGUUUAUUUAGUAGCUUUGAUAUGUGAAUUAGAUGCAUUAGAUCUUAGUGACAUGGAAGAGAUAGGAAUAACAGCAAAUUAUACGAUUUCUCAACGACAUAUGCUGAUUGGUUUUAUAAUAUUGACAAUUGCAACAAGUUUUACAAUUUCUUUAUGGCAAAUUGAUUCGAAUAAUUUUGAAAUUGCAGAUUUGAGUUCAAUUCCCCCUCUUAUUGAAAUUGUUUGUGAUGUUAUUGUAUGGAUUGGUUUUAUGUUUGCUGUUGACUUUCGUAGUGGUGAUCUUGGUGUUUAUGGUGCUUCUCUUUAUUCGAUUCUUUCUGGAUAUUUAGUUUCCAGAAGAAUAUUAAAUGUUCAUAUAAGAAAUGAUACAUUUAGAGGAUUGAUUUUCGGCCAUUAUAUUUAUGGUUUGUUGAUUUUGUCUAUUUUGGCUUCUAUGAUUUGUUUGAUUGUUCUCCCUUUUCUUGGUGAAACAAAAUUUGGAGGUUGUUAUGUUUUGUCACUUUUGAUGUCACUUUUAUCGUUUUAUUCCUAUUUUAUAGAAAGCAGAGAAGAAAAUUCAGAGGAAAAUAAGUCUUAUGAAUGGUUCUGGAGAAUGGCAUCGAUAAUAAGUUGGAUUUCUUUCUUAAUUUUCUCGUGUUUAGAGUAUAAAACUGUUUUAAUCGGUUUGUCGGUUUUUAUUCUAAUUCUAUGGGUUUGUUCGAUUAUUUGGCAAGCAGUUUUAGUUACAAGGAAAGGUUUAGUCAUUGAGAAAAUCAAUUUAUACUUCAUUGCAAUUCCAGCAGGAAUAAUAACGGUUUUAGCGGUUAUUUUAUUUAUUUUUUAUCCUCUUUCUAGUUGUAUUUUGUUCUUCUUCUCUGUUCUGGUAUUUUUAUCAACAGUUUACUUUUUUGUCAAACAAAAUUCUGACAUAGUUUACAAGUAUUCAAAAAUAAUUGUUUUAGCAGUUUUAGUUGUUUUAGAAAUUUUAGAUUUGUUUUGUUUUAUUUAUGUGGCAAAAUCCACUUUUAUCAGUUUGACAUCAAUUUGUAUGACACUUUUUAUUACUUCAUUUUGUUAUUUAUUGAUUUCCACAAUGAGUUCUGAGAAAGCAGGAAGAAUUAUAUUUACAAACAUUUAUUUCCCUGUCAGAAAAUUGAAGGGAGGUGAAGUCAAAAAUUUACCAUUUUUCGGAUUGUUUUUCUCCAUUAGUUUUGCUGCUGCUUGGAUAUGGGGAGUAUUCUCAAGUGUUUUCUUCAUUUACCCAUGGUUUGGAAUUCUUGCUCAAGUAGCUGCUUAUUCUUUAUUUACUUUCAUUGUUUUUGUGAAUUUGACAGAUUUUGAUUGUGGUGCAAUUCAAGCUCUUGAAGUUUUAGAUGAGAAAAAUAUUAAUUAUUGCAUUGGCAAGACAAUUAAAACUGUUUCUGUUAAUUUUGGCAGCGAAAUGGAAGAAAUGGAGAUUUCAGAUUAUGAAAGUUUUAUGAAUUACGUUGAUAGAAGAACUGAAAUUUCAAAUUCAAAGUCACUUUUUGCUUCAAUUUUACGUGGUCAGUUAUAUAUUACAGGUGAAGUGAACUUUAAUGUCAUUAUAGAUAGUAUUAAGAAUUAUCUUGCAAAGAAUGGAACAUCAUGGAAAUAUUUAGACUUAGAAAAGAAAUAUUCUUUGAAAGAAAGAGUUUCUCUAUUUAAUAUUUACAAAGCAAUUGAAAAUUUUGAAAAACCAAACAAACAAAAAGUGACAAAAUAUGAAAAUUUUGUUGAAAAACAAGAUGAAAAAAGGCAGAUUGUACAAGAUGAAGUUCUUAAGAACUUAUCAAAUGAGUAUGGUCAAAUAUUGAAAUCGCUUUUCAACAACAAAUACGAAGACAAAAACUUUUAUCCUUUUGGCUGCAGUUUCUCAGAAUUGAAAAGUUGGGCGAAACUGAAUGGUUCUUAUACUGCAAUUGAUGGCGGGCAAUGUCACAGAGCUUUGUUUUUGUUUGAUUUCGGUCAGCCAUUUCAGUUUAUUUUCGAGGAUGAUAAAGUUAAAGAAGAAAUUGUCAAUGGAAACUUAUGGAAGAAAAUGAUAAAGAUAAAAGAAACAGGAGGUUAUUUAUGUUGUGGAUCUAAUUCUGGAUCUGAUACUGAUAAAAAUGAACAUGGUGUUAUUUUAGGCCAUGCUUAUACAAUUCUUGAUGUUGUAGAAAUACAAAAUUUCAAAUUAAUUAAACUGAGAAAUCCAUGGGGAGAAGGAGAAUGGAAUGGGGAUUGGAGUGAUACAUCAAAUCUCUGGGAUCUACAUAAAGAUAUAACAAGAGAAUUGAAGCAAGAAAAUAAAGAUGAUGGAGAGUUCUGGAUGAAUUUCAAAGAUUUCUUGCUUAAUUUUAGAACUUUGUAUGUAUUAGAUAAAAUGAAAGAUAAGUUUUAUAUCAAGCUUUCUUCAUCAUUUUGCAAGAACAAAUAUGACGGAGCAAAUCCUUAUUCGAAAGAAAGCCCAGACUUGACACACGUUCAAAACUAUUUGUUGAGAGUGAGAUCUCCAACAAUUCUUCAUUGUCUACUAGAAAGAACAGGAGCAAACACAAAAAUUAGAGCUGUUAUGUGUUACAAUGGCGGAAAAUUCAUUGAUAGAAUGUGGAGUGGAAUAAAGAAUCGCUCGGAUUUCUGUCCAGGAAAUUGGCCAAUGGAAAGUUUUGAUUGGAGCAUCGAAGACACACAAAAACCAUGGACAUUGGCAUUAACAAGAGAUGCAGAUGAAAAUGAGUCAAAGUUCAUAUUCCACAUUUGGUCCGACUGUCUAAUUGAGCUUGAGCCAAUGCAAAUGGAAGAAGAAAUGCCACCUCAUGAGAUCAGUACAUCAAUGAACUUUUAA